AUGGCAGAUAUAAUGACAGCUCUUCAUUACAUUUUAAUGGCAGAAAUACCACGAAAAGCGAUCAUGAAAGGCGAAAAUCUUACCGCUUUGAAACAAUGGUAUGUGCCAGGAAGUGUGCCAAUACGAAGGUUGUUUUAUCGUUUGGACAAUUGGAUCAAGGACGUGCCAAAUGAAGUCACGGCUGAGCAGUGGUUGGCAAAAGUAAAAGAGAUUCAGGAACAGCUUGGUCACCCACUUCCGAAAAAUACCACAUACAUGGCAUGUCGCGGAUCAAAACCACAUCUUCGUGGAUUUUCCUGUGGAGUAUGGACAAUCAUACAUGCGAUGAGUGCUCAAGCGUAUAAACUCGAACAAAAUAAUCCGCAGUUUAAUGCUAACGAUGAUUUGAUCGAGCCCUUCCACCAGUUUAUAUGGCGCUUCUUUAGCUGCGCCGAAUGUGCCAAACAUUUCCACGAUGGAAUUUUGAGACGCAAUAUGUCAGCUGUUAUUACUCCUGGGGAUGGUGUUUUAUGGCUUUGGAGGACGCAUAAUAUUGUCAAUAAAUUCAUUGCAAAAACACCAACCGAUGAUCCGGCCUUCCCGAAACACCAAUUUCCAUCAGCUUCACUUUGUCCAAGUUGCCGUAAAGCAGAUGGCGAAUUCGAUGAAGCAGCAGUACUGAAUUUCUUGGUCAAUUAUUACGGUGACCUGAAAGCAGAUGGUCUUAUGUCAGCUCCCGGUUAUCGAGUGAGCGAGUUUGAGGAUGGCAAAUUGGUGAAUGCUGAAAUGAAGCGUCUGAAUCCGAAAUUCCAAUUCAAUGCGCUUAACGUGGAUAAAUUAGAGGAAGCCGAACAAUUAAGUCAUAAUGGACUUAAUCAAGGGUGGAAACAUCCUGAAAACAGAGGUGCUUUCUUAGCCAGUAAAAGAAUGAAGCGUUUGGAAGAUUUUUUAGCAGUAGACAUUGAUUGA